AUGACCGAUGAUGAGAUCAUAUUUUAUAAAAGAGAAAAACUAAAAUUUAAUGAAUUAUUAAGUAAAUUUGAUUGGACAGAAGAUUGUUUAUUGAAAGAACAAAAAACAUUGAUACAAUGUCCAAUUGAUCGAGGACAUCGAUUUCCAAUAGGAUCAAAACAUGUACAACAUUGCCAAUUAGUAAAAGAAGGAUUUUCUAAAGAAUAUCUAAAAGAAUUAGCUGAAUGUGAACAAGAAAAACAAUUACUUAAUCAAUCCGGUAUUUUAUUUACUCCAUCACAGCUCAGUGAUAUUGUUCAUCGACCUAUAACAAUCACAAAUAAUCUUCCAUUAAGUAUUGAACAAGCAACAAUUUUAUUUUCGCCUGGUGAACGAUCUUUAAUUGCUCAAGCUGUACAUAAUGAAGCUUUGCGUUUGGGAAUUGUACCAUCCACAUCACAUUCUAUUAUUGAUAAUCAACUUGUUCAAUCACAAAAGUCAAAUAUUUCUCAACAAUUAAAUAAAUUAGCUGAAUUACGUGAUCAAAAACGACGUCCAACUAAAUAUGUCACUCGACCAACAAAAAAAAAUUUUUAUGAUAUUGCUCGUGAAAUGAUCAAUACUGAAAUGAAAUUCAUUGAACAAGUAAAUCAUCAAAUAGAUUCUGAUCAAACUAAACAUGACAAAGAUCAUUCAAAAGAACAUAAACAUAAACAUAAACAUCGAUCAUCAUCAAAAAAAACACGUCGAUCUAGUCAUACUAAAGAAAAAUAUUAUUAUUCAAAUUCAAAUAUGUGGUCUGUAAUAACAUGGAUACGAGAUUUCAUUGCUGAAUAUACUUGGUUUUGGUGGUCAUCAAAUGAUUCAAAAUCGAAUACAGUACUUCUUGUCGGUCUAGAUGAUGCUGGUAAAACAACAUUAACUGGUCGUUUAACUCAAAAUCGUCUUAUUCAAGCACCACCAACAAGUCAACCAUCAAAACAUGAAAUUAAAAUUGGCUCAACUCUUUUAGCUAUAACUGAUGUUGGUGGUCAUAAACAAGCAAGACGUUUAUGGCGAGAUUAUAUGUUUUCGUCAACACGUCUUAUUUUUAUGAUUGAUGCAAGUAAUCGUCAACGUUUACCUGAAGCACGCAGUGAAUUAUUAAAUAUAUUAGAUGAUGAUGAUUUGAAAUUUGUACCUCUAUUAAUUCUUGCUAAUAAAAUUGAUAUUAUUGAUACAGCAUAUAGUGAAAAUGAAUUAAGAUAUCUUCUUCAAAUUGAAAAAUAUCUUAAUGAAGAAAAUCCUCGAAUUAAAUUAUGUAUGUGUAGUAUUAAAAGAAAUGAAGGUUUUACUGAUGGUUUACGAUGGCUUGUUAAACAGCCAAUUAAAUUGGAUAAUUAG